CACCGGUGGCUCCGUCCCCGUUGGCAGGACGAUGCCCAGCAAAGCCACCCUCGGCGGGGGGGGGGGACGGGGGACCAGGACCACCACCCCACGGGCAUCCCGGCCACCAGGCCCCGGCCGUGUCCCCAAACCCCUGGGGAACGGGUGACACCGUGGCCACAUCGCCAACCCCGGGGUGUUUCGGGGAGGGGGCGGGGGGGGGAAGGGCCGCUGGAAAGUCCGUCCCAGUCAUUCAGCGCGGUGCCGGGCUGCCCCCGGGCCAGAACCCCCCCAAAAAAGCCCGGCCGUUCCGGUAACGAAAGAGUCAAUGGCAGAGGCGAACAGGCACUGACACACACACACACACACUGACACACACACACACACUCACACUCACACUCACACUCACACGCCACUUCCCUGAGUGGGGGAUGACUCAUCCCCCGCCCGUCAUCCCGGCACCGUCGCACCAGCAAAACCCCAGAGCUCUUCCUCCGGCCGCCCCGAUGAGCCGCCCGCCCUGCGCCUCCCGAGCCCGUCCGCUCCUAAAAUGAAAGACGACGAGUCCCCCCCCAUGGAGGACAAGCAAGAGCCCACCGCCCCCAAACCGGCGGGCUCCGAGGAUGGCUCCGAGCGGGAGAAGGCGGUGGGAGAAGGGCCGAGCGGGGGUGAGAAAGAGGAGGAGGAAGCCUUCCUCGUCAGCCUCUACAAGUUCAUGAAGGACCGGCACACCCCCAUCGAGAGGAUCCCCCACCUCGGCUUCAAGCAGAUUAACCUCUGGAAGAUCUACAAAGCCGUGGAGAAGUUGGGAGCCUACGAGCUGGUGACGGGGCGAAGGCUGUGGAAGAACGUCUACGACGAGCUGGGGGGCAGCCCCGGCAGCACCAGCGCGGCCACCUGCACCCGGCGCCACUACGAGAGGCUGGUCCUCCCGUACGUGCGGCAUCUCAAGGGGGAGGACGACAAGCCUCUGCCCCCCAGCAAGCCCCGCAAGCAGUACAAGGUCUCCAAGGGGGCAGAGACGGGCGAGAAGAGCAAGAGGGGCAAGAAGGAGAAGGGUCGGGAGCAGAUGCCUCCGGACAAGGCGAAGCCGGAGGCGGCAGCCGUCACGGAGGACGUGAGGAACGCCCCGGAGCGGGGCCGGGGGGCGGAGGGAUGCCCCAGCCCCGCGGUCCCGACCCCGAGCCCCGCCGGGGGGUGUCCCAACCCCUGCAGGACCCACCCCGAAACCUACAAGCGCCUUUUCUCCAGCUUCUACUCCAAAGGCAACCACCCCAUCAUGUCUCCGCUGGCCAAGAAGAAGCUGCUGGCCCAGGUGAGCAAGGCAGAGGCCUUGCACUGCCACAAACGCCACUGCCUCGAGGGCCAGCGGUCGGCGAGUGACGCCGGCCCCAGCUCCGGCCCCGAGCCCCUGCGGCUAGCCACCGGCCCCCACCUGGAUGAGGAGAGGAGCCCGGAGCCGGCGGGAGCUCAGGAUAGAGCUCCGAGCGCGGGGAGCGAGGUGGGACCCGUUGGCAACGGGAGGGACAGCCAGCCCUGCCCGCGGGCCGAGGACGGGGGUCCGGCGCCCGCCGUCUUCACGGGCUGCUUCCACGCCUACCGCAACGAGGUGCUGAAGCCCGUCGGCUGCCACCCCCUCUGGGGGUAUUUCUCCGGUUUGAAGGAUUUUUUGGAGCCGCCUUCGGCCUUCCCGACGCGACCCGAGGAGCCGGAGCAGCCCCAAGACCUGCGGAGCAAAGCGGGGCAGUCGUGGAGCGGGGAGAGGCGGCGAGCGGGCGCCUGUGCCACCGUCAAAGCCUGCUGGGUGGCCCCCGGGGCCGGCUUCAGCCCCACCGCGCCCAGGGGCAAGCGUGGCCGGGAGGAGGAGGAGGAGGAGGAGGGGGCUUUUGGCCCCAGCGCAAAGCUACGUGCCGUCUCCCCCUUCGUCAAGGAGGCCGAGGGCAGGGACAUGGGUGCCACCUCGCCCCGGGGCCAGCAAGGGUUGGCCAAACCCAAGGCGGUGGUGGCCAGCCCCGGCUAUGCUGCGUCGCUGCCGCAAGCCCCGGACGUUUACAAGGGAGCCAUGCUGCAUUUCCCGGCCAGCUUUGGGAACCCGCUGGAGCACCUCAAAACCCAGGGUGUGCCGGUGGCGCCCUCCCUCUCCGUCAACCCCUUCGUCAUUCCCGCUUUCCCCAGCCCUUUGGUAGCCACUUCCACGCAGCCCUCUGACCUGUGCCGGCCGCUGGCGACCGGCCCCGGGCACUACCCGGCAUCCUACGAGAGCUCACUGCGGCACCGGCUCUACCCGGCGGCGCCGUGGCACAGCCAACCCACCUAUGCGUCCCCGCACGUGCCGGCUUUUCACCGCCAUGCCAAGCUGUAGCGCUUCCAUCCCGCUCCGCAUCAGCCUCCUUCCCAGCGGAGGAGGCGGUGGUUGGGAUGCCGCGGUGUGGCUAAGCUGGGCAGGGAGGAGCGUGCCGGAGCCCGUCACCGCUUCCGAGCCUGCGGCAAGGGGACUAAGAGGAGACAAUCUGGACCGUGUCAUUUUUACUCUUGAUCUUAGAGCUGUUUGUAUCCGACAUCGUUACGCCGGUGACUU